AUGACGUCUCAACCCUUAAUUAAAGAAUAUGGCAGUUGGUCUUCUGUUAUUGACACAUCAUUUUUAAGUUCAGGAAAUUGUAAAGCUAUUUGUGAAUUGCAAACAUCAAAAGAUUCUGUUUUUUGGGUUGAACAAACUUUUCCAAAAGGUAGACGUGCAUUAUUUCAAUUUAAUCCUAAAAUUAAUAAAAUAAUUGAAUGGACAGAUGAGCAAACAAAUGUUGCUGCUGCAAUUCAUGAAUAUGGUGGUGGAGCAUUUCAUGUUUCAAAAAGUAAUUCUAAUGAUGUAUUUAUUACACAGGGUAGACAGAUAUGCUUAUUAAAAAAACCAAAAGACAAAAAUAUGAAAUCAAUAAUUAAUUUGGAUCUUCAUAAAGAUAAAAUUGAUGUUCGUCAUGCUGAUUAUGUUUAUCAACAUCCUUUUAUUUACAGUGUAAGAGAAGAAUUUUUAAAAGAAAAAACUGAACCAGAUAACUUACUCGUUUCUAUAAACAUUGAAACUUCUGAAGAAAAUAUUAUAGCUUCAGGUUCUGAUUUUUAUGCAUGUCCUCGAUUAAGUCCAUGUGGUAAAUAUAUUGCAUGGAUAGAGUGGAAAAAACCAAAUAUGCCAUGGGAUACUUCUUCCAUUGUUGUUGGAGAAAUUGAAUAUGGAAAAAUAAUAAGACAAAUAAAAGUAGAACAUAAUGAUAGAAGUUAUGCUGCAGUUGGAUGGCCAGAUAUAGCUAUUGAUAAUAAUGUUUAUUUUUUUGCUAUUGAUGACAGUGAAGAUAAAUGGAAUGUAUACAAAUAUUUGUUAAAUAAGGAUACCUUUUCUCUUGAAAUGAAAGAAAAUCUUACAAAUGCAUCAAAUGAUGUUGGUGUCCCAUUGUGGCAAUUAGGAAGUGAACGUGUAUUUGCUGUAUCAAGUAAAGAAAAUACUAUCGUUUAUGUUGAAAAAGAAAAUUUAAAAAUUAAUAAAUUUUCUAAAUAUGGGAAACAUGAUUUUCCAAAAAACAUUCCUGUUAACGGAUAUACAAAUUUUUCAUCUUUAGCUUUUGGAUCAUCUGAUUCAAAUAUAUUAUAUUGUAUAGCAUCUGGUCCAAGAUGUCAAUAUGCAGUUAUUGGAAUUAAUAUUUUUGAUGGAACUAUUAAUGUUGUUCGUGAAUCAUUUCCUUCAGAAAAAUUGGAAAAUAUUCCAAUUUCCGUUCCUGAAGAAAUAUCUUUUAUUUCUGAUGAUACUAUAGUUAGUGGAUAUUUUUAUCCUCCAUAUAAUCCAGAAUUUAAAGCUCCUGAAAACACUUUACCUCCUGUUAUAUUUCUAGCUCAUGGAGGUCCUACUGGACAAGCUUAUAAUAACUUAGAUUUUAAGAAACAAUUUUAUACUAGUAGAGGUUUUAGUGUUUUUGAUAUUAAUUAUCGUGGUUCAACUGGACUUGGGCGAAUGUUUAGAGAUAAACUUAAAUUCAAUUGGGGAAUAGUUGACAGAGAUGACAUGAUUAAUGGAGCAAAACAUCUUAUUUCAAAAAAACUUGUAGAUCCUAAUAAAUUAGCAAUUUAUGGAUCAUCUGCUGGCGGUUAUCUUGUUUUGUCUGUACUUCUUCAUCCAACUGUACCUCCGCCAUUUAGUGCUGCAGUUUCAGUUUAUGGUGUAGCUGAUCUAAUGGCACUAAAUGAAGAGACUCAUAAAUUUGAAGCACUUUACAAUGACCAAUUAAUUGCUCCUUGGCCAAGUGGAAAAAAUGUUUAUUAUGAAAGAUCACCUAUUAAUCAUAUUGGAAGACUAACCACACCAAUUCUUUUCAUGCAUGGAUUAAGAGAUAAUAUUGUUUCACCAAAACAAACAUUUCAAUGUUAUGAAACUGUUAAGUCAAAUAAUGUUAUGACAGAUCUUAUUAUUUUCCCUGAUGAGGGACAUGGAUUCAGAACAGCAGAGGCUGUUCAAAAAAGCACAGAAGCAACAUACUUCUUUAUCUGUAAAGCACUAAAUAUUAAACCUCUUAGUUUAGAGUCACAAGAUACGGAUAGUUAA